UUGAAACGACACACCAUAUAACCACCUCUUACUGGUGGUGUGUGACACGCAACAAACGCAAGAGAUAAUCGUAUCGUAUCGAUUGAAUUGUACCGCUGUGUUUACAACAUUUUGUGUUGUUCUUUUAAAAAUUUAAUAAAUACUACCGUGUUCAGUUGUAUACAACUAGUUUCGUUUUAACAGAGAUGGACGCAGGACUUGCAAAAAAGAGAAAGGUAGACGACAAUGAUGAUGACUGCUACCUUAAAGAAAAUCAUGAUCAUGAUAUUCCUCAGUUGUCGUUGAUGUUUUCUCUCAAUCAAGAGGUUGGAACCCUAGCACGUGCGCUCAAACUCUUUGAGGAUAACAACGUGAACUUGUUGCACAUCGAGUCUCGUCCAUCCAAGUCUUCAAAAAAUGAGUACGAGUUCUUGGUUACUUGUGAAGAUACUGGCAAAAACUUAGCCCCAUUUAUCGAGAAACUCAAGGCAAAGACCUCCACGGUUCAUACACUCGCCCGUCAGCCAUCGAAAGAUGCCACUAAGUCUUUUCCAUGGUUUCCUCGGCGGAUUAGAGACUUGGAUCGCUUUGCUAACCAGAUCCUGAGCUAUGGUCAUGAGCUGGAUAGUAAUCAUCCCGGCUUUACGGAUCCUGUUUAUCGUGCUCGUCGUAAGGAAUUUGCUGAUAUUGCUUUCAAAUACAAACAUGGUGAGCCAAUCCCCCGUGUGACAUAUACGGAGGAUGAGAUCAAAACAUGGACAACAAUAUUUAACAAGUUGACAGAGUUGUACCCCACACAUGCCUGCAGUCAGUACAACCACAUCUUCCCAUUGCUUGUCCAGAACUGUGGCUUCAAAGCAGGAAAUAUCCCGCAGCUACAAGAUGUUUCCAACUUUCUUAAAGAUUGUACUGGAUUCACCCUGCGACCAGUUGCUGGGCUUCUGUCAUCACGUGACUUCCUUGCGGGACUUGCAUUCCGUGUUUUCCACUCGACACAGUACAUCCGUCAUGGGUCAGCUCCUAUGUACACGCCAGAGCCGGAUGUAUGCCAUGAGUUAUUGGGUCAUGUUCCGCUCUUUGCUGAUCCUGUGUUUGCCCAGUUUUCUCAGGAGAUUGGUCUAGCUUCACUUGGUUCACCAGAUGAAUAUGUUGAGAAACUUGCAACCUGUUACUGGUUCACCGUUGAAUUUGGACUGUGUCGUCAAAACAAUCAGUUGAAGGCUUACGGAGCUGGAUUGUUGUCAUCAUUUGGAGAACUUCAGUACUGUCUCUCAGACAAGCCCAAGGUGUUGCCCUUUGAACCAAGCAAGACAGCCGAACAGAAAUACCCAAUCACAGAGUUCCAGCCAGUCUACUUUGAGUCAGACAGCUUUGAAGAUGCCAUUGAGAAAAUGAAAACUUUCGCCGCAAGCAUUCCCAGGCCGUUCUCAGUACACUACAACCCCUACACACAGACAGUGGAAGUGUUGGACAAAAAGGACAAAUUGAAAGAUUUAGCAACAAACAUCAAAGGAGAGCUGAUCACACUCAUUGACGCAAUCAAUAAGGUCCAAUAAGAGGUUAAACCAAAGACAACAACUGCCUUGUUUUCAAUUAUUCUGAGCCAUCAGGACAAUAUUGAUGUCAACAAAGUAGUGACUGGUUAGGUUGCUUAAGAAAUGUGAAGUACUCUUUAACAAUGUAAUAUAUUUUGCACUAAUCCACAAGUUCACAACAAUCAAGUUGUUUAUAAUAUAGUUAUAAUAUAGUUAUUUUCCUACUCACUUUUAUUGAUCGUUGGAGGAGUGGGGAAUUCUUCGUGGAAAAUCAAGGGGGAAAUUGUUAGAUUAGAUCAAUGAAAGUGGACAUAGUAGUAGUCCUUAUCAAUUCAUUAACAAGAAUAACUUUUCCAAUCUUCUAAUCCAUUUUAUACAGCCAGAGUUAGUUUCAACCUAGGCAAACCUUGCUAAAAAGGUACACUUUCUCCAUCAAAAGGCUUUUUCUAUAAAUAGAAUGACCUGUUCGAAGCACAAACUCAUGUUAGACCAAACCCAGUACCGUUACAAAUUUAUUCGUGCAGGAAAUCCACUCAUGGUAGAAGGUUAUAACUAAGUCAGCUUUGAAAUAUAUAUUAUACUGUAUUAAUCAGUUAUAUUAAUUGAGAAAGAUAUUUGUGUAUUGUGCAAGGGAAAUGGAUAGGGCCUAGUAAUUUCAUAACUGUACAAAAAGUAUCAUAAUUAAUUUUGUUAAUAUUCAAAAAGUUUACUGGGACUAUAUCAUUACAUGAUUAAGGAAUCUCUUCAGUUAAGCAGCAGUCUCGCAUGCAUUGUCUAUCAGUAUAUCAAAACCAAUCAAAUGGUAAGAGAUCAGGACGUUUACAUUUUUACCAGCCAGCUGACAAUAAAUGAGACAAACACAAAAUUAAAUGUUUACAUUUCCAAAAUCGGAAUUUUAUUUGUCUGACUUCCUGAUCAGACUUAGUAUACAUAAGAAAAAAAGCAUACCCAUUCUCACAACACCAAAACCAUUAUCACCAUGUACAGUUACUUUUUCAAAAUACACAUUGUCUAUCAGUAACUUAUGAAUAUAUAUCUACCAGAUUGUUAAGACAACUGUACAUUCAUUCAUUCAUUCAUUCUUUAUUCAGCCUUAUUAUUCAGUAACUUAUGAAUAUAUAUCUACCAGAUUGUUAAGACAACUGUACACUCAUUCAUUCAUUCUUUAUUCAGCCAAUGAAAUAACAUACAAUACAAUGAAAGGAAAUUUAACUAAGACAAUAUAUAAUAUAUAAGUUGGCUAGGAUUAACUAUAGUGUGAAAAACACUCUGGCUCUCAGGCCUGUUAGUCCGGUCUUAGGAUUAUUUUAACAUAGAUAUAAAUUAUACAGACAGUGAUUAAAUUAAACAAUAAUGUAAGUAAAAUCAAUUGAAAAGCAAAGCAUAUAACAAUAAAGUAAUAUUAAUAAAGUGAUAUGAAAUUGUGACAUGAAACUAAACAAUUACAAAUUAAAGUAAAUCAAAACUUUUUAAUUGUACACAGAUUAGAUCUUGUGCAAUUUUCUUUGUUUUUAACAGGAUAAGUUAAUCUUGGAAUUUUUACAAGGGUGCCCACCCUCACAAUUACUGUGUGCAAUUCCUUAAUUAUAUCUGAGGAGAUUCUAUAGCACCCUCUUCAGGAUUUGAACUUUGGUUGAAUAUUUUAUGUACUGAUUAGGUAUAUUGUAUACUAACACUGUACAGUUUUGAGUUAUUUAUUGAUUUAUAGGUAAUAAAGGUGAAAACAACUGUAAAGUA